AUUCGAAACCACGACCCUCUGCUUGAGAGGCAGCAGGUGUAUUUCCUCCACGAUGCCUCAUACAGGCCAAGCAGGUGUCAACCAACUGGGCGGAGUCUUCGUAAAUGGUCGGCCGCUACCUGAUGUCGUCCGAAAGAGGAUAGUAGAACUGGCUAUCAUGGGUGUCAGACCUUGCGACAUCAGCCGUCAAUUGCUGGUCUCACAUGGAUGCGUGUCCAAGAUAUUGACGAGGUUUUAUGAAACCGGAUCUAUAAGGCCUGGUUCUAUUGGCGGGAGCAAGACUAAGCAAGUGGCGACUCCAACAGUAGUGAAAAAGAUCCUCAGGCUGAAGCAAGAGAACCCGGGCAUGUUUGCGUGGGAGAUUCGUGAGCGGCUGUUGAGCGCGCGAGUCUGCGAACCACACUCGAUCCCUUCCGUGUCGUCCGUUAAUAGGAUUUUGAGGAACAGUGGAUUGGCUUGGAGUGACGAUGACCCGAGGCCGCCUCAUGAGGCCUAUCCCCAACCGGAGCUACCACCAAACGUGAUGGACUACAUGUCACUGAAGACGUCCAUACCACCUUCACUACCAUCACAACAAAAUCCACCAUAUUUCGCUCAUUCCGCUAUCAGAGUACCACCCCCUACAGAUCCCUCGCAUUUGUAUGACAGACGACUUGCUACUUCAUGGCUGUUAACCAAUCAAAUGCAAGCACAAGGUCUUCUAAAGCCAUACCCAAUAUCCCCUUGGCAAAGAAUCAUGAUGCCAUAUCCCGACAAAAAUUUCUCACCUUAUGCACUAAGUCUACACAAUGAUCUCUUAAACAAAAUCAACACAGAUGAGGUCAAAUCAGAAAAUUCUGAACACAUCUCCGUCGAAGCUAGUGACGAUAGCACAGACAGACCUGAUACUGAAGACAGUGAGCGAAAGACCCCAAAUGAAAAGGAAAAGAAGAAAAAUCCAUAUUCCAUAGAAGAACUCCUUAAAAAACCUGACAAGAUUGUCAAUACAAGUCCGAUAGGAUUUCAGAAUUUUUUGCGGCAACCAAGUGGCAGCAUGAUUGAAUAUCAAAGUCAAGAAAAAAAUUCAAGCAAUAGAAGUUCACCAGCCAGUUACUGCUCAAUUCAAAGCGGAAUUUCAAAUUCGAAUGAUUGUUUUGCCGAAUCUGGCGGUUCUGAAAUAAAGGCAGGAUCUUAAUUUUGUCAUAGAAAAUCUAGUCCAACUAUAAAAAUAAUAUUUGUAACAAUUUCUAGAUUGUUACUUGCGUGUAAUUACAGCUUCUUAAUGUACAAAAUCUAAUUGAUUGCAGAGAUUAAUAUUAGAUGCUUAAUUGUUAUUUAGAUUAGGGUCACC